GUUGUGGAUAGUUAUGGAAAGAAGGUGAGUAUGUCCUCAUUCCCACAACACCCAGCAGCGAUGAUUAGGCCGCACCAUUCACAGUUCUGCCAACAACACCAACAGCUACCAAGCCAACCAAGACUACCAGGCAAGCAUGAUGCGAAUGAUGUAUCACGCUCAGAGCCUCCCCGACGACGAAAUGCGUCCAGCGUCGCCUCCAGGCAAACCUGGCGCCAACAGCAUGCUGCUUGUACCGGACCUGCAGCCGCUGCGCAUGUGGCCAUGCCACUACGCCAAGGCGGCGGACGCUCUGGGUUUCCUCAAGGCCAUCGACCACCUAGAAGUGAAUGAGACGGUCAAACGCCAGGGCAAACUCUGCUACGUGGUGCAGGUUUUCCUCAAGAACCCGGAGAUCCGCAUCCCAACGUCACGCAACUCAGCUAAUCGCCGCUCGUCCGCCGCGGCCGACACGUCUCCGCAACGCCGUCAGAGCGUCACGGAGAUGCCGACGCCCUCGUCAGCCCCGCAGGAGUCGGACUACGCUUUGGAGCGCGAGUUCUCCGAGUUCGUUAAGCUUCGCUAUAACAUCUGGGUACACGCACAGCAGCCGCGUCCCUCGCGCGGCUGCAUCUACUGCGAUGACAUCACGGCGUUCGUAGGCGACUCGAGCAAGCGUCCAUCGGGUAUCAUGGAGAAGAUUUGGGCCACCAAAGCCCACCGGAAGGACAUGAUGGAGGCGUAUUUGAACCGUAUGGUGGCACUCGCCAUCGGUCGGGGCGGCGACGGCCAGCGAAGUCCGCACUGCCACGGCUUCGACCACAUCCCAUAUCGCCUCGUACGUUUUCUCAAGAAGUCCGGGGAGAUCAACCACCUGCGCUGAAACGAAGUUAGGAUUUAAUCUAUUGGACGAAGAGUGGGCGUGUAGAGGGAGGGGGCUAUUGCUCCUUGUUUGGACACAGGCCACAGAUACAUAUAUUUAUUCAGUUGAUGCAGAAGCACAAUAGCUACGUUGCAUAUGGGGCCGAUAGCAUUAUUUGUGGGAGUCACAACGACGUGCAUUCAAGCAUGAAGCGGUAAGAAAUUCCUCACAUGGAGUUCCUGCAAGGAACCCAAGUGGGAACAGCAGAUGCCGGUGCUCAGCAUCUUCAAUAAUGGGCACAUCGACAUGAUAUCAAGCAACUUGAAGCUGGUAAUGUAGCCCAAGCAGCAAUUUUUACCACUAAAGUCGAGUACUAUAAGCUACGCUUGUGGGAUAAAAAUUCAUUCGCGUUUGCAGACGUCUUGGUUCGCAUACUCCACUAGCAUUUACAGCACUGUGUGCGUCAGAAGAAAAAAAACGAUUGGUAGACAUUCCACUUACCAAAAUGGUUAUGAAAACCCCCGUGUUCAGCUU